CAUACCAAAUUCUCCUUAGCGCUGAUUUGAAGCCAUACCUCAAAAUCCACUACCUACCCUUUUCCCUUCUCAAUCUCUCUCUCUCUUGCACACAAAAUCAAACACAUAGCAUUCACACAAAGAAGAAGAAGAAGCUAUGAGUGGUUCUCCAUCUUCUACACAACAAGCGCGACCCUGUGAUUACUGUGGCCACUCCACAGCACUUCUCUAUUGCAGAGCCGAUUCAGCAAAACUAUGUUUCUCUUGCGAUCGCGAAGUUCACUCCACCAACCAGCUUUUCUCGAAACACACGCGCACCCUGCUCUGUGACGCAUGUGAUCAUUCCCCUGCAACCAUACUCUGUUCCACUGAAACCUCUGUUCUGUGUCAGAACUGUGACUGGGAAAGGCACAAUGUUUCCCUCUCUUCCCUUCACGAACGAAGGCCCCUUGAGGGUUUUACUGGGUGCCCUUCAGUUACUGAACUCUUAACCAUCGUGGGGUUCAGAGAUAUCGGAAAAAAGGCUCUGCUUUCGCCUGAAGAAAGUGAUGGGUUUUUGGGGUGCGAAAUUGAAGGUUUAUCUUCGGAUUUGUUUGUUUGGGAUGCUCCUUCUGUUGUUAGUCUUGACGAUUUGAUUUCUUCUUCUGCUUCUUCUCACAACUUUCAGGCUAUGGAGGUUCCUCCUAUGCCCAAGAAUCGUAAGGCUGCUUGUGGGCGACAUAGAGAAGAGAUUCUUGGUCAGCUUCGUGAACUAGCAAAGUCUGAGCCCUUGGACCCUGAAGAACAGUAUGUUCAAUCGGGGAAUUUGUCCACUGGUUUCGAACGUGACAUGGAGGCUGAUAUCUUUCCUUCUCAUGAGUGGCAUAGAGAAAGCAGUGAGCAAACGUAUCAAGUUGUUCCUCCUGACACAUCAUUGAGAGCUUAUACUGAAAAAAUUCCAGUUAACCAUUCUACUUCUGCUGUUGGGGAAACUCUCACCUAUGGCAACAGUGGAGGGACACCAUCCGUUUCUCUUAAGUCUGAAACCUUAUCAACUACUCCUAAAGCAGCACCAUGCGAGUUAGCAAGUCAAGAAAGAGAUUCUGCAUUGUUACGGUACAAGCAGAAGAAGAAAACAAGAAGGUAUGACAAGCACAUAAGGUAUGAAUCACGAAAAGUCCGGGCAGAAGGCAGGGCAAGAGUCAAGGGGCGAUUUGCCAAGAUGGAACACUGAACGAAAUCAGGGUAGGCUGCUAUGACAUCAUAAUGAUAAUUCCCGGUUCAAAUCCCAUGCAUUAUGUAACACAUGUCCCUUGUGUAGUGAACAUCGACUCUAUUUUGCAAGUGAUGUAUCCUUGGGUCCCUGUGCUUGGAUGUAAUGCGGACAUAUUCUUGCAAUACAGUUGACAGUGUAGUGUUUUUGUCAUCAUUGCACCAUAAUUGACUGCACAUGAUGAAGACAAAUAGGUGCAUUUUUCUGUGCAUCAAAAUCAAAUUUGCGGAGUUCUUUGGCCUUUGAUCGUAUUUAGAGGGGACCCUGUGGAAUUAGACUUUUGUCCUCUUGAUUCUCAAAUAAUAAAUCACUUGAGAUAGCUAGCAGACUCCUUAAAUUGGUUUGAACCUAGGUGCUGAACAUUCUAUAGGAGCAAGAGCAAGUUACACUUAAUGUUUGAGUAUUCUGAGAAUAUGAAAGUUUAGGUAUAACAACUCGGAAAAUGUUAGCUGAAGAUUUAUGAACUAAAGAAUGUGGUGUAACUCCUGCAAUUUCAUCUUUUCUUGUUUGAUCAGAGGUGGUGUAUAUAUUACUGGAUCUGAUCUCAGCUGAGCCUGCAUGCUUUUUCCUCCUUUGGAUUUACCUGAAUAUAUGCUUCCAAGUAGUUCAAGAACAAUAAACACCACCGACUCAGGGGAAAACGGGCAAAUAGAAAUGUUACGUGUACAUGCAAAGGACAUGAAGUGUCUAAUUUGUCAGACUAAUUGUCUGGUAUACAAUGGAGUGUGUUGAUGAACAGCAUUAUGUUCUAGUUAUCUAAUAUUGAAAAGCAGUAAAAUCUGUUCUUUUUGCAUUUUGGAUUACCAACUAACUUUCAGUCGUUAUUUAGUUCAUUGAUGUUUUAUUGCAUGUAAUGCACGGGAGGCAAUCCUUGUAACUUCAUAGACCCUCAAGUUUGUUAACUUUCAAAUUGUGAUACUCGUUCUGAUUUCUUGUUCUCUGUGAUAAUUUUUUUAGAUCUUCCCCUCACUUCCAAAUCAUGCCUAUUUAAAGCAUUGAUAUCAUGUGGGACAGAUAUCAUAAGUAUCUGAAGUAUAUUUGGUGCACAUGGAGCCGAAAAGAUACAUCGGAGGAGAAAGCAUUUUGCCGGCUAAUUCAUUCUUCUGCAGUUGUUUUUCAAAACACUAGCUUGUACAAGUUUCUUAGAUGCCCUCACUCAUUAUGAAUGCUUAAACAAUAUAAAGCUGUAAAAUGUUAGUUGUACACAUUUAUCACAACGAUUUAUUACAGUGCAUAUGUAUCAAAAUAAAAUAAAAUUGCGAGUUACUAGACGAGUCAGCAGAAGGAUGAUGCAGGAAGAACAUGAAUUGUGAAUGUCUUGGAAGUUGGAAUCUGUGCCGAAAAGCCAUUGCAUGGUUGUUUAUAAACUCUUUCAAACAUUUUUUUUAUCAUAGUAAUUUCGCUUCUCUAACUAGUAUUCAAGUUUUCACUGAUUG